AUGCGAAGAAUCGGUAUAGUGUGCACAUCAACUUUAUUAGUUUACUUUCAACAGAUUACUGCGUCGAAUAUAAGUCAACUUGGUAUUAUUCGUAACGGUAACAAUAUAAAUGGAAAUAAUAAUUUUGGUUCAAAUCGUAGAAUGUUUGGAUCACAAACACAUUCUAUCAGUUUUAUUUCUUAUCCUAGAAACCAUGAUUACAACGAUCAAAAUAAUUUCGAAGCUAUGUAUCAAAAUAUUCAAAUGUUUCAGCCAAUAAGCCAUAUUGACUACUAUUCCGAAUCAGCCAAUAUUUCUGAAAUAGCAAAUGUAAUGGUACAAAUACAACUCAUAAAUUACGUUAACCAAGGCCUUCAGCUCCCAAAAGGACAAACUUGUGUUUGUCCAAGUGAAUUCUCUUGCAGCUAUCUUGGCACCUCUGUUCCUCGGUGUUAUAUGUCAUUCACAGUUAUUCUAUUAUCACCAGAUGAAUCAUUGAAGUACUUCUCAACUGAAUUUAUGCCGCUAACGCCUUCUGGAUACAUCGAUAUCGAUAGUAUGUCACCACAACAAAAACAAGCUUGGCAACAACCUCAUACAUUUUAUCUCACUUCAAAACCGUCAGCGAUUGAUAUAUUCGUUCAUCAUAUGGGCGCUGUUAUCAAUGCUCAUACAGGUGAGCUGACACAGAUUCAAACUGUUGUCCACGUUGAUACUUUUAUUUUACCUUUGAAUUCCGUGAUACCGUCUAUUGGAAAUCAUUUAUCAAUGCAGUCACGAAAUCUCAAUGGUAUUGUUCUCCAAACGCAGUUAACAGUUGCAUAUUCAAUGCAGUGUAAAGGUGGUUUAAUCGGAAGAAACUGUGAUUUGGUUUGCAAUGAAGCAGUGACAAAUAUAGCAAUAGCAGUAUGUCAGUCUAAUAUAACAAACUUUUUCUACACAUGUACUUAUAUGAAAAGUGGACAGGUUCAAAAUUGCUUGCCAUGUCCAUGGGGAAUCAUUCAAGAAUCAUAUUGUCAAAAUUCAAAUGGAGCCAUUCUUACACUUUCUGCUACAGAUGUGGUAUCGUCCAGUUUUAAGGUUGCAACAGUAGUCCUCAGUGUACUUGUUGGUAUUCUACUUAUUCUUCUUAUUAUCACCCUCAUCUAUUCUGUCCUAAUGCGAAGGCGAGUGAGAGGAAGUGUACAUUCCUACAACAACACAACUUCCGGGCAUAAUUAUAGGUCAACACUAAGAUCUGAAGGUAGCGCUAAUCGUCUAUUGUUGCAAUCAAUCAAUAAUGAGUCACAUAAUCAAGUUAGACAGGCACCAACUACACCACGUUUUGCUCCCCAGCUAGACGCUCUACCAGCUAAAUCAUCGCUUCGAAAAGCGACACCGUUACAAUCAGGGCAACUUUGUGACGUCCCAGCACUCAGCGAUACCUUGAACAGUACCCUUUCUAGCGUGCCUUUGCCACCAAGUAAAGAAGCGGACGUCUGA